AUGGUGUCCUGCGUUUCUGCACAAUCCAGUUGGCAAGCAGCUGGACUGUCAUCUGUCUUGAGUUCCGCAGUUUGUCAGCAAGGUAGUGCGGCAGAUAGAGUGUUUGCCUUGUGUCGGAAUGAGGAUUACGCCACUGUAGGUAGAGUGGCUACGCUGUUAUGGAGUAUAUGGCAUAACCAGAAUGAUAAAGUUUGGAAUGAUAAUGUUAGAAGUCCAAUCCAAAUUGGUCGGGCUGCGUUUGAUCAUUGGAACGAGUGGUUUGCAGUCCAUAAGUUGCGAGGUAACGAUGAUCAUGAUGUUCCGCUUGUCAGCAUCAAUCUGUGGGAAAAGCCUCGUAUAGGAUGGUUAAAGUGCAAUGUAGAUGCAGCAUUUUUUGUCGGUGUAGGUAGGACCGCGAUGGGUGCUUGUUUUCGUAAUAAUUCUGGUGAGUUUAUGGCUGGAAUUACUCAGUGGCAGCAACUGACUUUAUCAACAGAGGAGGGCGAAGCAUGGGCAUUACUGCAAGCUAUGAAUGAAGCUAAGAGUAGAGAUUAA